GUUAACUAACGGUCGCGGUUGCCAAAAACAAACAUAAUUGUCAGUGAUAACAUUAAUUAUCCUCCACGAUGGCAUUUGCGAUAUAUUAUUUCAAGGACAAAACCGUGGAAGUUGGAAAAAUUGAUUGGAUGAGUGUUGAAGUCCAGCAAAAAUCUUCAAAAAUGGUGACAGAGUGCCCCAAACUGGAGGAUGAAGAUGGAUGGAUAAAUGUUAAGUGGAACAAAGGCAGAAAAAAGAAAGAUGGUCCGGCCUUUUUUCCUGCUAAGGUGUAAAUGCUCGGGGACAACUACAGUGACCUUUGCAAGAAGAGGGAGGAAUUCAUAAAGGGUGAAGACAUCUGGAACCAAACACUCAAGAGGAAGACAAAGCCAAAUAGUAGGUGGAUGAAGGAUGUGGAAGAGGAGGACGAAAGGCCAACAAAACAGAGCUUCCGGAUAGUAACAAAGUUGAAAGAAGUAAUUGAAAAAGUCACACACCAGACCUCAACUUCUGCAUCCAACUGGUCAACACCAACAGCAUCUGUAGACUCACCAGCUUCUGCAUGCGUUUCUCCUGAAGUGGUGUCUGAUGAUAUGGUGUCUCUUGUGCCAGGCUCUGAUGUCAAAGUCCCUAGACGAAAGCUUAACUGUCUGCGGACUGCAAAUCCAUCGGUCUACAUAGGGGACCUUGCUGUGCUUGUCUACGGCAGGGAAACGCUGUCCCAUUCAAGUUUGACGGGGAGACAGUCUGGGGCACACAAAGACAUGGAAUCCAAGCCACAACUCGAUAACACAAAACUUGAAGCUAUAGUUGGCCAUGCUCUGUUGAAAUUUCCUAACAUCAGCAUCCAUGAUGUGAGACGCAUCAUAAGAAAAAAAUGCAACAACGAAAGCUACACCAAGCAAGCUACUGCAAAGAAGACCGUAUGAAAAGAACAUUUAGUUGUGUGGUUCCUCUGCCAUUUAACAGGGCAGAAACUAGAGGAGUACAACCUCUUUGUGGGGAGCUAGUGACCCUACAUAUGUGUUUAUACUGUUUGUUGAA